AUAAAAUAAAACGCAAUUUCGCCAAUUUACAAUUUUCUAAUGCUUCAAUCAGUUCAAUCUUGAAUAGUUGAAUCUUCAUUCAAUUGCCGUUAUUGAAAAUUUUCAACAAAAUAUAUUAAUGAAUAAAUAAUAAUUAUAGAACAUUUUUUUAAGUAACUGCCUGCUGAUAAUCGUUUAUCGUUUUUAUAAUUGUUGGAAUUAAGUAGUGUAAAGAGAGGUUGUGCGUUAUUCACACACCACGGUUGAGAUUUUGUGAAUGUUUUCAACAACUAUAUUGUAGUCAGCGCUCAGUAGGUUGAUAUCUACAUUACUCAAUAUUGUCAAUACUAGAAUUGCGCUGUUUACAGAAUUUCGUUGAAAGUUUGUUAACUUUCAAUAUCGCGUAUCAUCUGACAUCUUUAUUGUUUGCCUUUUUCAAUUAGAAAUGUCGAACAUAGUGGAAAUUCCAGAUCCGCGAUCGCCUACUGUGGCUUUUGUCAGAACUCCGUUACGAGUGGUCAAAAUGAUAAUUGAUGAAGAAAAUAAAUCUACAGAGACAAGAAUAAAUAAUGAGUUAUUUGAAAACACUUUGUCUGGAAGUCUAAUAAUGUCAACACCAAUUAGUAACACUUGUGAUACAGAUGAUUCAUUUCAUUCAGCAGUUGGUGAAAAUGAUUUUGAACCUUUAAUAAACAGUAAGGAUACUAAAGUAAUGAAAGAUAGUAGUAAAAAAAAUAGGAGAGCACUGGGGUGCAUUAAAAAUCGUUUGAUUGAAACACCAAAAACGGAUAUGCGUCGUAAGCUUUGGCGUAACAUGGAGGAUGAAAGAGUAAAAAAUGGAGUAAAUAAUGGAGUUGAAAAUACACCACCCUUACCUUUCAUGGAUUUGACUGCUUCAGCUCCACCAAAAUUAUAUAGACCCCGCAAGUAUACAUAAGGUCUUUUUAUUUUUAAUAUUUCAUUUAAUUUUUAUUUACAUCACCAUAAAAUUUCUGAUUUGUCAUUUACUAUACCUAUAUUUUUGUUCUAAUCUAGUAGCAUAUUAAGGAGAACCCAAUAUAACUCAUUCUCACUUUAUAUACAAAUUGAAUUUUUUUGCACCAAUGUUUGUAAUAUACAUUUUUAUGCCUUAUAG